UUUGCGCGGCUGCCGCAGGCCGGCCGGCUCGGUGGGAGCGGGCAGGAUGGCCGGCGUCGCCCUGUAUCUGGUCUCUACGCUGGGCGGCUACCUCCUCACCUCGGCGCUGCUGCUCAAAUGCCCGGGACUGCUGCACCGGCCCAAGCGGCAGCGCUUCCGCUGCCGGCACAUCUCCCACCGCGGCGGUGCUGGAGAGAACCUGGAAAACACAAUGGCAGCUUUUCGCCAUGCAGUUAAUGUGGGGACAGAUAUGUUGGAGCUAGACUGUCAUCUGACGAAAGACGAACAAGUAGUGGUAUCGCAUGACGAGAAUCUGAAGAGAGCAACUGGAGUUGAUGUCAGUAUAUCUGACCUCAAGUACUCGGAACUCCCACCAUAUCUCUGCAAAUUGGAUGUCACCUUUCAGAAAGAAUGCCACUGUGAGGGUGAAGACAAUCGCAUUCCACUGCUGAAGGAGGUGUUUGAGGCAUUUCCACAUAUUCCAGUCAACAUUGACAUCAAAGUGAACAACAAUGUGCUGAUUAAAAAGGUUUCAGAGUUGGUGAGCCAGUACAAAAGAGAACAUUUGACAGUGUGGGGCAAUGUCAAUUAUGAGAUUGUGGAGAAGUGUCAUAAAGAGAACGCUGAUAUUCCUAUCCUUUUCUGUUUGAAACGUGUCCUGCUUCUUGUUGGCUUGUUUUACACUGGUCUGCUGCCAUUCAUUCCCAUCAGGGAGGAAUUCUUAGAAAUUCCUAUGCCCUCAAUCAUCCUGAAGCUGAAAGAACCAGAGAAGAUGACGAGAAGCCAAAAAAUUGUCAUCUGGCUUGCUGAUAUAUUGUUAAUGAGGAAAGCGUUGUUUGAUCACCUCACUGCUCGAGGCAUUCAGGUGUAUAUUUGGGUACUGAAUGAAGAACAAGAAUAUAAGAGAGCAUUUGAUUUGGGAGCAACUGGAGUGAUGACAGACUAUCCAACAAAGCUCAAGGAGUUUUUACAUAAUUAUUCAGCAUAAGGGGGGAAAUCAAGCAAGACCCUACAAAGUGGACAGAGUGAACCAAGGAUUUCAUUCCUUCAUCAGAAUUUUUUAGCACUAUAUGGAUAAAUCACUUGCCCAAUGGUGAAAGAUAUAAUCAGCUGGGUUAUAUUACCUCAUUCUUAAAUCAUUACAUGAUGUAGAGAUUGUAUACAGUUUUAUUUAUUUAAAAUUUUAAUUGCAUAGUUUACAUUUGUAAAUAGAUUGUUUAGCAAGAGUACACUAUACUAAUGGUGAUGUAUAGAAAGAAGGCUGUGGAUAAGGGUACUUGUAAAUAAUAUGCAGUAUUUUACCGAUCACAACUGUCCAUACCCAUACAUCAAGAAAUAGCAUUUGGAAACUAUUCCAGUCCAAUGCUGUUGGGUAGAGAUUAAUAGCUGGCACUGCGUCAUUGUAUUUACAUCUCAUUGAUUGAGCUGGCUGUUGAUUUCCAGAUAAUCUGCAUUGAGGAAAAGAAACUAGCACACAGGAAAAGUAAGAAGUUGGAUCUGUGGAUAUCUGGACAGAUUACCCUGCAAAAUGUAGUCAGUAAAGGUAGUAGCUACAGUAAUGUAUUUUGACUAAAACUAAAUCCUUAGACCAACAUAGGUUUACUUAAUUGCUUUUAUUAAUGAGAAUGUUGGGGGUUAGUCUCCAGCUGUAAUUUGGGCCUCUUUUUGGUGUAAUAAUAUCAAGUUCAGUCAAUAAAUCAUAGUAUUUUUAGAAUCUAGCCCUUCUUUAUGGAAUUAUCAUAUUGUUAUGUUACUCUUUUUUUGUUAAGUUACUUAUUGUUGACAAGGGCUGCAAUUUUUUUGCCUAAAUCUGAAUUUAUAAACCAAUUUUACUGCUAUAAAAUUGAAAAAGGUAGUUGUUUCCAGACUUGUUGUAUAAAUUGCAUAUAUUUGUAUAUCUUCAUUAAUUAGUUUAGGUUAAACUUGAAAGGUGCUAAAGAUGAAAAAUCCGCAAAAGGAUUCAUUUCUCAGCUUUCUUUCAGUAUAACUAGAGAGGAUUUUUUAAAUAAUCCUUACCACAAUCAGAGCCCUGUAAUUCUGGAUGGAGGUACAGUAGGGCUAAUCUGGAAUGAGUAACAGAGCAAGUGUAGCUCACUUGGUAGAUAAUGCCCACGAUGCUGCCUUGGCAAUUCGUUAGCCAGUUUUCCAGAAAAGGAGGGUUGCGCUUACCAUUGACUGAGGAAAACAGAAUUCAGUUCUGUGUUUAAAAUAAUCUUUACAAAGGGAAAAUAAAUGUUUAGAUUUUUUUUUCUUUUUUCACUCCUGUAGUUCCAAAAGAGUUUGGAGAUAUUUUUAAAACUCAAUUCUGGCAUUCUGUUGAUGCCUAACGUGAGCCAAGGGCCUCUUGGGGAGGAAUGCUGGUAGCAGAGGAAUUCUGAGAUACUUUAAUCUCACUCUCUAUACCAAUUUUGUUGAAUAUAUCUGCAUAAAGACUUAGCACAGGAAUGAAUUGCUUGACUGAGAUGUUAACGCACAAUCUCCAUUGGGUAAUGGGUUGGAAAUCAUAUUUAAUGUGAGGAACCAAAGAUGAGACCUAAGAUUGGUCUAGGGACUUGGGAACAACAAAGAAAACAGCCAUUAAAAAUAAUUUACCAAGAAAGACAAAUAUACAUUUAAUGUGUAUUAUGAGCCACUGGGUCAGCACUUGUUGUGUAAAAGUCCUUUAAACAGAUUUACUUAAUUAUCCUGACUCUUCAAAAACAAAACAACCCCUCCCACACCACCAUUUUGCAAUACAUAUCUUGACAAUCAGAGUGGCAGUGGUUUGUAUUAGCUGUGUUCAUCUUUAAGGGGAUUUUUUUUCCUAACCAAAAAUAAUAAAUUCAAUAUGCAUGAAAUUUAGACAUGCGCACCGAUGAAAUAAUGUUACUAGGAAAAACCAGGAAAUCCAGAGUAUCAAGGGAAGGAGGUUGCCCUAGAAAUGCACACUCUCUCUUCCCGUUAUCACCAGCAGGAAUUGCAUGUGUAUGUCAAAGAAUGGAGCUGGUGAUUUCUUCUUGUGUGUUUUUGCAUUACUACUUUGGCAUUGUUGUUUUCAUAUAUUUUUGGAUGAUGUGGUCUGUAUGUAUGGAAUGAGCUGUAAAAGGCUCAGUAACUUAGUCAUUAGACAUGACUGGAACUAAACUACAAUAGUAUCUGCUCCUGACCUCUUUUGAGGGACUUCAGCUGUGAGAAUGUGACCUCGCUCAAUAAUAAGACCUAGUCAGAUGUAGUAGUAAUAUACUUACAAAUAUUUUAAUUAAGGAAUGACUUAAAAUAAGAAUUUUCUUCCUGCCUCCUUAAACUUGUACGGGGUAUCUUGAUUCCCUCCUUAGCCUCCCAACCCACAUCUUGUGCUCCAAAGCAGCAGUCUUGCAGCCUGUUACCUGUCCUAGUGCACAAGCAAGCCUGCUUUCUAAAGUAAAGUGUUAGAAUGUUAAGCUUGUCUGGAUGGAUGAACAUUCACAGGUGCACUAUAAUCACCCCAUGUAACAGCUACUACAUGUCAUCUGUAUUCUGAGGAAUAUUUUCCCUGAGUAGAUUGUAUGGAAGAAACCUCUUCUGAAGUUUUAAGUGAACCCACAUUAGAGAUUUGGGCAAAUAUGUAGCUAGGUUUAAAUAGACGUGGAUCUAAUUUUGUCUUAAUACAAUCAAUCUUAUGGCAUCUCAGUGAAAGAGAGCAAAAUAGAAGUCCUGUUCUAACAAUUCAGAUGAAAAAUAUGCAUUUUCAGUAACUUGUUAUAUGCUAAGCUUCUAGAUCUUUGUCCAGACCAGUUAAGCUUCAGCCAGAUAAAUGCAUGUGACCAUAUAGUUAUGGAUGUCUUGCUUUUUAGCAGCAAUGGAGAGCUGCAGAAUACUGUUUUGUUACAUAUGGGAAAUGAGCCACACCCGCCCUCCUUCUGAGCCUAUGCACUUGCUGCCUACUACAGUUUAAUUUCUGGGCAAGCCUGUAUUCACAGGAAAGUUGCCCCUGUCAUUAUUUUGCUAGAUCAGCCCAGUGUUUGGAUCUAGAUACAAGAUCCUGAAUGAUUUAUUUUUCCUUUUCUGGAGGCAUUGCUUCCAUGUUUACAACACACAUGCUCUGUUUUAAAAAAAAAAAAAAACUCAGUUGUUGGAGAAUAAUGACCUUUAUCACCUACACUUUAAAGCCAAAAGUUGUUUGAAAUUGGGGAAAGCUCUAAGCUUUGUAAAUGUGGCAUUCAUGGCUUUUAGAUUUCUCAGCUAUUUUCUCAUAGCAUGAGACUCAAAUUUCCACAUCCCAACGUGGAUGAACAGUUCUGCUUUAAUUACAACACUUCUGAACCCAAUAUAGAAUAAUAAAGUGAAAUGAUAGGAAAUUUCAUUUGUUAACAAAAUGUAGGUUCCAACAUUUCAGGGCUUCUUCAGCCCUCUUGUGACAAUUGAGUUCUUUUCAGAGGCUCAGCACACUCUGUGACCACUGAACUUCCCAAAUUUAAAUGCCUGCAAUGUUUGUAAAUGGCCUGUGUCUUGGUAAUCCAUAAAUCUGUUAUAGGUUAUCUGAAAUUUGUUGGCGCUGAGGAUUAGUGGAGGUCAGUUCUGGAAAAUAUGCGUAAUUCAUUCACUUCCACUUACUUCUGCUAAGAGCCAAAGUUUGAUUACCCUUAGCACACAGCAGACACCAGAAGACAUUGGCUGAAUGAUAUUUUGAACUGCUGUUGCACAGUACUUGUAAGACUGUGAUAUCCCGUUUAUGGCUAUAACAAAUCAUUUACUGAUCUAGCUAACUAUACAAGAACACAAAAAUGUUUGUUCUAUUAAACCAUUAUUUUGAAUACUCCGGAAAUCAGUGUAGACGUUUAAAUGCCAGAUUCUUGUACAGAAGAACAUGUGGUCAAGCCUUGCACUGUUGUCCAAGAGAAUGUGCUGUGUAUCAGUCCCUCUGUCGGGGCAGAGGGAGGGGAUGUUUUCAGGUACUUGUCAUUCUAAACAUUUGUUCAGUGCAUUCUUUCUUGUGACAGAGGUAUCUUAAGUAUGAAGUAUGCGGCAAAAUACUCCAUGCACUUUUAAUUUGAAGACAUUGUCCCAUGCCUCUCCUGCUGCUGGUGCAGAACUAUGAAGCAAUGUCUUUAGUUCUUUUUAAAGAUAGGUUAGGAUUUAUGAAAUGACACAUUAAAACAUGUUUGCUCAAAAAGAUCUAAUCUGAAUAAUUAUUCAUUCUAAUAUCCUUGCCUUUAAUAAAGACUGAUUUCUGGGAUCAUGUUACUAUACUCUUGAAAUGCAAUGAACAUCAGUGAUCUAGUGCUGCUCCUAGUCUGUGGGAGGGUUGUUCAGAUUGGGAGAUGACUCCUGUUGUGAACUUCAUAGAAAUCCUUGGGGAAACUGCAUUGGUUCCCUCGUUUAGUGGUGAUAGGUCUUGGAAUAGGUCCAGCGACGCACUGUGUGCUCUUAAUUGAAGGACCUGGGUUUGAACGUAUUCUCUGAAGUGGCCGCUGCAUGCUUGCAUUCAGACAGAUGUAAAUGCAAUAUAGCAGGUCACUGAUGCUAACCAAACUGGGAAAAGUCCGGCUGCAGAUACUGAACAUGGGUGAGUAGUAAUGUUUCACCCACUAAGCACUGCAUUAUAUGCUCAUCUCACUGCCUGUGUUUGUUCUCUUGGGACUGACUGUGCUUGACAGUGACUUCAAAACUCUGCUUCAGAAUCCAGUUAGUGGUGCUUCAUGAAUGUUUAAAGAAGGCUCUUCUGCAAAAGAGGCAGCAGAUGCUCCUAAAAUGACAGAUUGGUUUGAAUCUUGGUUAUUUAAAAUUCUUCAGACACACAUUGGUGGAAGGAGAGAGAUGAAUCUACAAAUUGUAAUAAACUCUUACAAUGUUAUCACAGAUAUUAAACUUAAUGUAGAUGGGGUUGUGUGAUUGUGUUAAGACAAGAAAGGCGAAGUGUGAAGAGCCCUUGUAUCUAACCACUAGUAGGAGGCAUUCCAAAACUUAGAGUGCAAAUGUGGCCCAGUUGGUUUGCCUUUUUUAAAAUCACCGUUAUUUUUCCAUGAUGGAGGAACUGUUUGUGUGACAAUUCUCUCUGGUUGUCUUGAAUUGUAAUAUUGGUUAGCACCAUCCAUCCAAGGGUAUUGAGCACCUUGCACAAUUAGGGCUAGAAUAUACACACUCCCUGGCUCUAGGUUUGAAGAGUAGAGAUUUAGAAUGAUCAUAGUCUGCUUCGGUGAAGGCUGCUGGCCUAAUGCAGGAAGACAUUAGAUCAGAGUUUGAGUCUUCAUCAUAAACUCAUUCAGAUUUUGUAACCACACAAAACUGGCACAUGAUUUGCAAGCAGAAAAAGUACCGAGGAAACAAACCAUGUAUUUGGGGAGGUUAAAGGUAGUGAGGGGCGGGCAGGGGGGAAUUUUUACAGAAGGGAAGUAGUAUGAAAACGAUAUUGGUCAGUUCUUAAGUUGGUCAUAAUCUGGGAGCAGCGGCUUUGGUAAAACUGCUUAAAGUGCAGUCCUCAGCAGCAGAGCUAGAUGUAAUAAAUAAAUUGCCAGGUCUGUGACUGACUCUCCUCCCACAUCCUGCCACUUUAAGCACUGGUUUUGCUUUUGAGUAUGUAUCUAACAAUUCAAAUGCAAGUUGGGAUGACAUGAGGAGUGCAUCAGUGGCUACAUAUAUUCUAAAUGUUCCUAGUCUGUCCAUCUCAGAUUGGCCAAGUAUACCUUCAGGUAUACAUGGAAGCAAAACAAAUGGGUGCAGGACAUGUUACAGAGGAACAUAAGAAUAUCUAUAUUGGCUUAGACCUGUGGUCCACCUACUUCAGUAUUCUGUCUCCAACAGCAGCCAUAUAAAAUUGAUUUAGGCAUCAAGAGGCAUUGGCAUUUCCAUUUGCCAAACUAGAUUAUGCCCUUUCAUACAGAAGACUUCCCCCACAUGCUAACUCAAACUAUUCUGACAUGUGCAAGCGUUGCACUGUAGUGUUGCACUGGGUUUAAGGUAGGUAAAACUGUUGUUUGGAAUGUCACUGAGCAAGAGGAAUGAGAGUGAUCGUCUGAGACAAUCACUACCCCUAGACAAGAAUCUAACCCGUUAGCCCAAUGGAAUAUGCCGGAAAGGGACUAUUUAUCCAAGAAACUGAAAUAGCAUCCGGUAUUAACUGUGGAUUAAGCAUUUUAAUGUUAACCAUGGUGGUAGUGCAUAUUAAGUGGGCUUAGUAAAUGGCUACAUCUGUGAACAUAUUGGACCUGAAUCUGAGAUGCACUGGGCAUAUGCAACUCCCAUUUAAGUUUGGCUGGUGCUCAGCACUUUCAGCGUGAGACCUAUUGUUUGUAUAAUAGCCCCUUUCUAGCGCUUAGUAAAAACAUGGUUGUAGAAAUUAUGGGGUUUAGGUUUUAAACUACAAUAACACAUCACUUUGCCUCACCACUGGCUAUAAGAAAUAUUUGUUUAUACCUUUUUUGUAUAGAAAUGUCACGCUGUGGCUGGUGAUUGAUCUAGAGCAGUGACUGAUAGGUUUAUCAGCAUUAGGCCAUAAUGUCACACAUUUGUAAAGUGACAUGCAGUCAUAGAAUAGGUCAGGCUUUCAAAACAAAGCAACAGGAGGAGCUCGUGUGUCAUGGUUGUUUGAGCAUCUGUUCUGACCUAUUUAUAUAUAUUAGGCUCAUUAAUCUAAACCAUAGAAUGUAGCAGUUUUGCGGAUGUGAAGGAUUUUGUAUGUAACCUUCUGGGGGAAAAAUGCAAUUUUCCCAUUCUCUAUGCACAUAAACUACUGUCUCUGAGGAUUUGGGUCCAACAGGCUGAAAACUAGAGCAGCUUUGUAAAAGUGACAUGACUGCCUAAAAAAAAAUUUAAAAAAAAAAAUUGGUUUCAUCUUAACUUUCUUCAUUUAACAUUUUCCAUUUGACUUGCACUGAAAUGAGAAGUUGAAGGUCACUGGAUAGUUUGAAACAUGAUCUUACAAUGUAGCUUCUGUAAACUGCUUUUAAUGUAUCCUCUGCAGAGAUACCUUUUUGUAACCUCUUUAGGAUACUUGGUCAAUUGCAACAGAUUUCCCUACUGGUGAUGAAUACUUCUCCUCACUCUAGUAAUAAAGAACUGUCCCAAAAUUAUGAUAAACGUAUUGAUACUCUCCAAGAUCUGCUCUUAGAGUAUGAACCUACCAAGUAAUAAGUUUAAAUGAUGCUUCUGAUUACAGCUAUCCCACUUUCAGGCACAAUUUCAAUAAAGAGAUUCUAUAUGUUUUCAGCAUAGCUCUAAAUUUGACCAAAGAAGGUCUUCAUUGGAGCAUGCUCAUGACCAUGCACUUUCUCCCAACUGGGGCAGCAGGUUCUAUAAGCCUCGAGAAUUACAAUUCCACCUGUUCCGAGGGUGAAAUCCUUUGAAUAACACUUGAGCUGUAGAUUUUAAGUUUUAAAAUCUUCCACUUCAGGUGAAAACUUAAGUUCUAGGACAGUAUGGGUGGCUAUUUGAGGGAUCAAAGCAUUCCGUAGCUUUUACGUGGCAGGCUGAUGGGAAGGAUAUUUACCCACUUGCUUUGGGGCAGCACUUUAUUUCAAUUUUAUUUCUUGCUGGAAAAUCUAACUGUGAAAUUGCUGGGGUAGGAGAGACUGAUGCACCACAUAUCUGGAGAGGAGGUGGAGUGUAUGGUCUUCCUAAUGUUGAAACCUUGAGGUUGAAUUUACCAUUUCAGAAGGGGUAACAAAUCCCAGAUUUGUAACAUAACCCUGCUCCUGAAAAGGCUGAAGAGUAUUCUAAGAAGUUUAGGCUAUAGUGCAUGCUUCCUUUGUGUAAUGCAAUACAGCUUGGCCUGCAGCUAUUUUUGAGCAUUACCACACUAUUCCCUUCUGUCAGCACCACUGUUGAUUACAACCUCUGGUACAUAAAAAAAACGUUUUGAAGCCAUUUCAGAUGAAUGGUAUUGAGUAAUGGAAAAUGUCAUUACAAAUGUAUAUUUGUGUGCUUAAAGGUAGCAUUUACUAAGAUAGAUAUUGUGCUGCAGGGUUGUAUCUGCUUAUUUUCAUGUAAUGUCAUGAAUUAAUUUUUAUAAAGCAAUGAUUGUGGUAGGCCAAUAAACAUAAAGGCCAUUUUUAAA